AUCAAAAAAUUAAAACAUUUACAAACUUCACCGAAUAUGCUCUUACAAAACGGAAGGUAGAAGAAGGAAAAAUUAUUCGCAGCACAAUGGGCUUUGGCUCAAUCUCAAAGAUUCUUCUUCGAUCAAUACUAUUUCCUUUUUCACCAAAAAAAAAAAAAAAAGAUUCUUCUUCGAUCCUACAUGCUUCCUCGUUAAGGUUUGUCUGACUCAUCACAAUAAAAUAAAUUAAUCUAACAGUGAUAGUUCAAAAAAAAAAAAAAGUAUUAAUCAGCCAACGGAAAACAGCAAAAUUCAGACAACAGAGAAAGAGGUGGCAAGCAACAGAAACACAAGUGUUUCUGAUCCAAGGAACCUCCACCACCGUCAGCACCACCGCCACCACUUCCACCUCUUUUUCUUUGCCUCCUCCAUAAUAAUUCUUUAAUUCAUAUAUGCAUAUACGUACAAUUCAUUCAUACACACAACCUCAAUUGGAAGUCUCUGAAUUACGGCAGCAAAAUGUCUAUUAAUAUGAAAACACUAACCCAAGCCUUGGCUAAGACCGCGGCGGUGAUCGAGAAAACCGUAAGCACCACUGUGCAGGAGGUGACAGGACCCAGACCCUUGCAAGACUACGACCUUCUUGAUCAGAUCGGCUCUGCAGGGCCUGGUCUGGCAUGGAAGCUGUAUUCAGCUAAGGCACGGGAUAGGAAGAUGGUGAGGUUGAGGCAUUCAGGGGUUGUGCACGUGGUGCAGGCGCUAGAUGAGAGCAAGAAUGCCAUGGCGAUGGUCACCGAGCCUCUGUUCGCAUCUGUAGCCAAUGCGCUUGGGAACAUGGAGAAUGUUGCCAAGGAAAUGAGCUUGUUGGAGGUGAAGCAUGGUAUGCUUCAGAUUGCGGAGACCUUGGAUUUUCUCCAUAACAAUGCAUGCCUUAUUCAUCGGGCUAUGUCACCUGAGAAUAUCUUAAUUACGUUGAAUGGAGCUUGGAAACUAGCUGGAUUUGGGUUUGGAAUAUCAACAGAUCAAGCUUCUAGUGAUUUGGCUAAUGGGCAACCCUUCCAUUUUGCUGAAUAUGAUGUUGAAGAUUCUGUCAUGCCCCUUCAACCAUCAUUGAAUUACACUGCACCUGAACUGGUUCGAAGCAAAGAACCUUCAGCUGGAUGUGGAGCCUUCGAAUCCUCCUGUGUGCGUUUCCCCACUUGUUGGCCAAAAAUGGAAAAAAAGGGGUAUAUGAAUGCUUUGAAUUAUUUGUCCAAUGAAGCUUUCUACUCUAUCCCACCAGAAUUAGUACCUGAGUUGCUAAGGAUGCUCUCUGCAAAUGAGUCUUUUAGGCCAUCAGCAAUGGAUUUUACAGGUUCUCCAUUUUUCCGGAAUGACACUAGGCUGUGUGCUCUUCGCUUCCUCGAUCACAUGCUUGAAAGGGAUAACCUGCAGAAGUCCGAGUUCUUAAAAGCAUUAUCUGAUAUGUGGAAAGGAUUUGACUUCCGUGUACUGCAGUAUAAGGUACUUCCACCUCUUUGUGCAGAACUACGGAACUUGGUUAUGCAACCAAUGAUAAUACCUAUGGUUCUCACAACUGCUGAGUCACAGGGUAAAAAUGACUUUGAACUAGUUACACUGCCAGCUCUUGUACCUGUACUAAGUAAUGCUGCAGGAGAGACACUGUUGUUGCUGGUCAAGCAUUCAGAGCUUAUCAUCAGAAAGGUUAGUCCAGAGCAGUUAGUGUUGCAUGUCUUGCCAAUGCUUGUUCGAGCUUAUGAUGAUCAUGAUCCACGAAUACAAGAGGAGGUUUUGAAGAAAUCUUCAUUCCUUCUUAAGCAACUUGAUGCCCAGCUUGUGAAACAAGCAAUCUUGCCUCGUGUUCAUGGGUUAGCUCUUAAGACAAGGAUAUUCAAAUUGCAGGUGAGAGUCAGUGCUUUGCUUUGCUUGGCAGAUUUGGUUCACAGACUGGAUAAACAUGCUGUGCUGGAAAUCUUGCAAACCAUUCAGCGUUGUACAGCUGUUGAUCAUUCUCCACCUACUCUUAUGUGUACACUUGGGGUUUCAAACUCAGUUCUCAAACAUUUUGGAGUCGAAUUUGUGUCAGAGCAUGUCCUUCCUCUACUCACACCACUCCUCAUAGCCCAACAGUUGAAUGUUCAGCAGUUUGCCAAAUAUAUGCUCUUUGUCAAGGAUGUUCUUAGGAAGAUAGAAGAAAAAAGAGGUGUUACUGUAACCGAUUCAGGAAAUCCAGAAGUAAAACAAGCAUCUAUUGCCAAUGGUGAUGGUCUCCAGUCUCAAGCCUUAAGCAAAACUAGUGUUGCUUCAGCAAAAGGCAGCAAAUCAUGGGAGGAUGAAUGGGCCGCUCCUACGAAAGCUGCUACUUCCAACCAGCCUUCUGCAAAAAACAGCUCAUCAGGUCACCCUGUUUUGGGUGAUCAAUCAAUUCAGUUAGCCUCUAUUCCAUCUCAACCGUCUACAGUAUCUGGCAUAUCUAGUCAACAAACAUCUAAUUCGUGCCCUGCAGUUGAUAUAGAGUGGCCUCCUCACGCAUCUUCCGGUAUUGCCCCUCAUCUGGGUCAUAGCAAGAUGCAAUUGAAUGAGGGAGCAUCUUCUAAUUCAACUUUGGAUGAUUUAGAUCCUUUUGCAAACUAACUUUGGAUGAUUUAGAUCCUUUUGCAAACUGGCCUCCACGACCUAGCAGCUCUCCAAGUGGUCCUGGGGCUCUUGCCAAUGGCACAGUGCGACUACCCGUGAACUACAGAUCCAGUCUGAUGAGUAAUACUCAAGAUACUAUAAACUUCCAAGGGAAAAGCAGCAAUAUUUGGGCCUUAAACAGCCAAAGCUCUGUGGAGCCGCUAAGAACAAAUCAAGGGAGUUCAACUUUGAAUCCAAGUAUGUCAAAUAGUGGUAGCCUAAAUCCCCAAAACUCCAUUGGGUUGAUGAAACAGAACCAAGGGAUCUCUUUUCCUAUAGGUUCUUCAUACAAUGAUAAAAAAUCUGCAGAUCUUGGGUCAAUAUUUAGUUCUAGCAAGAAUGAACAGGCUGCUCCAAAACUCACUCCACCUCCCAGCACUGCUGUGGGUAGAGGAAGAGGUCGAGGGAGGGGAUCCAGUUCAACCUCAAGGAUGAGCAAUCCCAAGCGAACCACAUCCGAACAACCAACCACCCCUUUUGGACUUGCUUUGACUGGUAAUGGGUGCUUUACUAUUGGAACCUCGGAAUGAGAUAUAGAAUUGAUAUUUUUUCCAUACAAGUUUGAUGCUGUUCAUAGAGUUGGCAAGUUAUGAAAUCAGAUGCAUUCAUCUUGGGCAAUUGAGGAUGCUUUAUCCCAUGUCCCUUAUGUAAUAGUUGGUUCUUUGUUGUGAGUUACCUAUAGCACAAUGUAAUU